ACCACCGUUUCGUCCUGCGAUGCCCGAACCAUCAACUACAUCACCCAUACCCUCCCGCAGUCCUGUCUGACGAGCUCCUGGUCGAGCGCAACCGCCUCGGCAGCCAAUGCGACCGCCGAUACUCCGUCCAACGUGACCAGCAGCGAUGCGCCGCAGUCCUCCAGCGCAGACGCCGAGUCCCAAUCGCCCACCCCCGCCGCCACCGCCGAGGGCGAAAAAGAUGCCGCAGGCGAGGAACCAUCAAAACCCUUCAUGUCCUUUGAGGACUGGAAGGAGAUGAUGCUUCGGAAGACAGGUCAGGACCCCCAGGACCUGCGAUCUCGAAACAACCAGCCUCGUCGCGCAGAGGACAGGAUACCCCCGGACAUGGGCCACGCCGGCCUCGGCGAGGAGGACGAGAUAUCUCUCAACUUUGACAGCUACCUUGAUAACGCCGGGGAGCAGAAAAAUCGCCCCUCUAGCGGCGACGUCGAGAUUCCCAGGAGGGACGGCGCAGGCAAGGAGGUCGUGUACGAGAUCCACAAGACCAAAGACGCCGGCAAGACAUGCAAGGAGCGCUUCUCCUACUCGUCGUUUGACGCCGGCGCAACCGUUCUCAAGUCGAGCCCCGGCGCAAAGAACGCCAAGGCCAUCCUCGUCGAGAACAAGGACUCGUACAUGCUCCUCGAGUGCUCGGCCCCUCAAAAGUUCGUCAUCGUCGAGCUCAGCGAGGAAGUCCUCAUCGACACCGUCGUCAUUGCAAACUUUGAGUUCUUCUCCAGCAUGGUCCGCCUAUUCCGUGUCAGUGUUAGUGACCGCUAUCCCGUUAAGCCCGACAAGUGGAAGGAGCUCGGUUCUUUCGAGGCGAGGAACUCGCGAGAUAUCCAACCCUUCCUGGUGGAGAAUCCGCAGAUCUGGGCCAAGUAUGUCCGCAUCGAGUUCCUGACUCAGUAUGGCAACGAGUAUUAUUGCCCGGUGUCAUUGAUCCGUAUCCACGGUUCUCGAAUGCUUGAGUCGUGGUUACGUGAUGAUGAGAAUCAUGACGAUCAUGAAGAGCCUCAGCAGCUACCCAGUCCAGAGGAUGAAUCUGCAAAGCCCCAGGAGAUUGAGAAGCCUCAGGAAUCCAUCGUGCCAACAUCGACUGAAAAGAUGCCGUAUUGUGAAGUCGAGGACCCCACGAUGCUGUUCCUGGCCCCAUUGGUCUGCCCUGCCUCGUUCAACGCAACGACAGGAGUUCCCAGCCAGCCUGAUACCAGUUCUAUCGAGGGAAUUAGCGCAAGCUCUCAGAACGUAUCAACGGAGGAUAGGGAAAGGAGUGGUGCCUCGACACCUCACGUCCGUAGGGCCGAAUACCCAGCGACGGAAGAUGCCACAUCCUCGUCAUCUUCAUCAACCGCAUCCCCAAGCGCAACACCAGCCAUUUCACCAACCAGCCCUUCUUCCAUCUCUUCAUCGAGCGCCAGUACCGGCUCAAACUCGACAGCUCCAGCAACAAGCGCCAAGGCAGCUUCAACCUCAUCCACCUCGACCUCUAGUUCGGCCUCCACAUCCAUCGCAAAACCCUCACCAGCAAACACGGCCAACCCCAAAAACCGCACAACCGCCACGACAUCGAAUUCUCCCGCAUCCCCCACUGUCCAGGAAGGCUUUUUCAAAGCCAUCUCCAAGCGUCUUCACCAAGUCGAAUCCAACCUCACACUCUCCCUCAAGUAUGUCGAGGACCAGGCUCGCCAUAUGUCCGACACCCUCCACCGCACGGAGCAAAAGCAAAUCUCCAAAGCGACCCUAUUCCUGGACAACCUCAACCAGACUGUCCUUGCCGAACUGCGGUCCGUCCGGGAGCAGUACGACCAGAUAUGGCAGUCUACUGUCAUCGCACUGGAAAGCCAGCGCGAGCAGUCGAACCGCGAGAUCGUUGCUCUCAGCACCCGUCUGAACCUUCUCGCCGACGAGGUCGUCUUCCAGAAGCGCAUGGCCAUAGUGCAAGCUGUGCUUCUUCUGUCCUGCCUGCUGCUCGUCAUCUUCUCUCGGGGUGUAUCUCUCCCUUACCUUGCGCCCUUCAUGGACCAGGCCAGCUUGGCCUCGUAUGACGCCUCAGCUUCGUCACCAGGUCGUGUUCGCGCUCUGUAUGGGAAUUCAUACGAUACCGAUGGGGAAGAUCCGUCUCUGUUGACGCCUGGGUCGAAAAGAGGCUACAUGCCCCUGUCGUCAUCAGCUAGAGACGUGUCUUCUGCUGAUCUUCGUCGUCGCACUUCGUUCGUCGACGACUCUCGUCUUGAAUGUGAGCAGCUCUCGCCGCCUCCAACACCCGGGCCUGCUGAUGGUUAUACCUCCUCGACGGAUGCCCCUCUCUCAUCUCAUGAAUCCCAGCCUGCUGUCCUCAGGCGCUCCCCUGCCAUGCAUCCAAACAGCUCACGUAAACCCUUACCUGCUUUACCUGAGAAUCCCUCAUCCCCAUAA